AUGCCAAUUCCUGUCCCACAUGGUGGUAAAUUGAAUGACCUUGUUGCGAGAGAUUCUGCUAUUAAGCAAGAUCUCUUAGAGAGUAUUCAAAAUGAAAAGUUACCAUCAUUGACCUUGACUGAGAGACAGUUAUGUGAUUUAGAGUUGAUCUUGAACGGUGGUUUUUCUCCAUUAGAAGGCUUCCUAAAUGAAGAAGAUUACAACUCUGUCGUUGAGAACAUGAGAUUGUCGUCCGUCAAAGGUGAUGAUGGUAAAGGAUUAUUGUGGCCCAUUCCAAUUACCCUCGAUGUCCCUGAGGAAACUGCUAGAACUUUCCAGCCUGGUGCUAAGAUUGUGUUGGAAGACUUGAGAGAUCAGAAGCCUUUAGCUAUUUUGACGGUUCAAUCUAUUUACAAGCCUAAUAAGGCCAACGAGGCUGAGAAGGUUUUUAGAGGCGACCCAGAACAUCCUGCCGUUAAAUACUUGUUUGACACUGCAGGUGAUAUCUACAUUGGAGGCAGCAUUCAAGGCUUGAAUUACCCUACUCACUAUGACUAUGUGUCUCUCAGAAAGACUCCUGCGGAAUUGAGAGCCGAAUUUGAAAGGUUAGGCUGGGAUCAACAAAAAAUAGUUGCUUUUCAGACCAGAAAUCCAAUGCAUAGAGCACAUAGGGAAUUGACUGUUAGAGCUGCUCAAGAUAUCGGCGAAGAUGGCCAUAUUCUAGUCCAUCCUGUUGUGGGUUUGACUAAACCUGGUGAUAUUGACCACCACACAAGAGUUAAGGUUUAUCAGCAAAUUUUGAAAAAGUACCCUGAAGGAUUGGCGACUAUCUCUUUAUUGCCUCUUGCUAUGAGAAUGGGAGGAGAUCGUGAGGCUUUAUGGCAUGCUUUGAUUAGAAUGAAUUACGGUGUCGACCACUUUAUCGUUGGAAGAGAUCACGCUGGACCAGGAAAGAAUUCUAAGGGCGUUGAUUUCUACGGCCCUUAUGAUGCACAGGAAUUGUUAGCACUGGUUGAGUCCGAAUUAUCUCCGAAGAUUAAAAUUGUUCCCUUCAGAAUGGUCACAUACUUGCCUGAUGAAGACAGAUACGCUCCAAUUGACACUAUUGAUACCAAGAAGGUUAAGACAGCGAAUAUCUCUGGAACUGAAUUGAGACAGCGCUUGAGAGAUGGCACUGAGAUUCCUGAAUGGUUCUCUUAUCCUGAGGUGGUGAAAAUCUUGAGGGAAUCGAACCCACCUAGAUCCCUGCAAGGUUUCGUAAUUAUUAUUGAUUCCACUGGAAGUGGUCAAAAUGAUGACUACCUCGCUUAUGCGUUGCAGUCCACAUUGAACCAGUUUGCUGGUGGCCGUCGUAUCACAAGAUUGAACUCUUCGCACAAUGAUGCAUUCUUGAUCAAUGAAUUGGUCAAGGCUGGCUCAGGUGUUAUUUAUACUGCUAAGGACGAUUACGGGGAGAUUUUGCUGACCGUUGGAGAGGCAAAUUCUGUUGUGAUUAAAACAGGAGAGAAAGCAGUUUCUGGAAAUACUUUCUCUUUAGAAAAAGCUGGUGAUGAGGAGUCUGUUAGGGCUAUUUUGGAUGCUAUUAGCCAAUACUUGAAAGAGCAAGGGUUCUAUCUUUAG